AUGAAAAACGCUAUAAUGGCGACACUCGAUCACUAUUGCUCGACGGAUGAAUUACCUCGCCACGACCAUUGCCCAGAAGGCGCCGACAGUUGGUGUGAGUGGCGCAAAGCCGAGGCAGCAAAUAAACUGGCUGAUUUUCAACAUUCGCCACGUGUCAUCGACGAAGAGGUUGAGAAGCACAUUCGUCCUGUGUACGAGGAGUUAUCUAACGACGAUCUGCUAACGAGAUGCUUGGGUGGACACACACAAAAUGCGAACGAGUCGUUCAAUUCCACUGUGUGGCGCAUGAUACCUAAACACCUUCAUUCAGGCAUUAAAAUUGUCAAGAUUGCUACCUACAUCGCUGGAGGAAUGUUCAAUGAAGGCUACAGUGCUGUAUUACAAACAAUGCAGAUAUUAGACUUGAAAAUUGGACAGCAAUGCAUGAAUUUCUCUCGGCAAGCCGACCAGAAGCGCAUCGCCCGAGAAAACAGACGGAAUCUACUCGCGAGCAAAGAGGCCAGAACAGCUCGUAGACUCGAAAAUCUCGGCGAAAAUCAGUUUUACGAAGAGUCUGAAGAACAAAUGUAUGGACCAGGAAUCGCCGAUUAG